AUGGCCGAUCCGCGUUUCGACGAGGAGAACGCCGCCCUCAAGGCGCGGAUCGAGCAGGUCCUGACGCAGAGCGAGGAGGAGCGUGCCAGCUUCCGCGAGCAGUGGGACUCGCUCUCCGCCGAGGCGCUCCGGCUAAAGGAGGCGCACGACGUGCUGCACGCGAGGGUGGCGAGCCUGGAGCAGGAGAAGGAGGCGGCGCGGGUUGAGCACGGGGAGCAGCGCGACCGGUGGUCGGCCCAGCUCGACGCGGCGACGCGCGAGUUCGAGUCGCUGCGCGAGCAACUCAUCCCUCCCGCCGACCUCGAGGCGAUGCGGCUCCGGCUCGUCGAGGAGGCGGCAGCGCCGCACCGCACACGCGCGAGCGAUCUGGAGGCGGAGCUGCAGCGCGCUCGCUCCGACGCCUCCGCCGCACGGCGCGACGCCGACCGGCUCCGCGCCUCGCACGACGCCGCCGCGCUCGAGCACGCCGCCGCAGCGCGCGAGGCGCAGGCGGCGCACGAGACGGCGCUGGCAGAGGCGCGCGCCAAGCUCGACCUGGCGCUGGCGGAGGACGCGGGGCGGUUCGAGCCAGCGGAGCGGCUGCGCAAGCUGCAGCGCGAGAGCGCCGAGGGGCGGGUCCGCCUCGAGCGGCUGCUGGAGGAGGUGUGGCCCUGCCGAGAGUGA